AGACCCCGCCCCGAGUUCCGGCGUGAGGCUGGCGGAGGAUGGCUCAGGAGGAGGUUAGGAGCCUGCUCGAGGUGCGGGCGCGGGUCGGGGCCUCUCAUGGCAUCGCGGACCUGGCCCGCAAGCUCCACUUCUAUGACCGCUGGGCUCCUGACUACGACCAGGACGUGGCCGCCCUACAGUACCGUGCCCCCCGCCUUGCAGUGGACUGUCUCACCCAAGCCCUUCCAGGCCCACCCCACACUGCCCUGAUCCUGGACGUGGCCUGUGGCACUGGCCUGGUAGCUGCCGAGCUGCAGGCUCGGGGCUUCCUCCAGCUGCAUGGAGUGGAUGGGAGCCCAGGGAUGCUGGAGCAGGCCCGGGACCGCAGCCUCUACCAGCGCCUCAGCCUCUGCAUCCUGGGCCAGGAGCCUCUGCCCAGCCCUGAAGGGACCUUCGAUGCAGUGCUGAUGGUGGGUGCCCUCAGUGAUGGCCAGGUGCCCUGCAGCGCAAUACCUGAGCUCCUGCGGGUCACCAAGCCAGGUGGGCUGGUGUGUCUGACCACCAGGACCAACCCGUCCAACCUUCAAUACAAGGAAGCACUGGAGGCCACCCUGGACAGGCUGGAGCGGGCCGGGAUGUGGGAACGCCUGGUGGCCUGGCCGUGGACCACUGGGAGCUGGCCACCUCCGAGCUCGAGGUGGUGCCUGGCACCUCUGCCAAGGAUGGCUUCAUCUCUGGUAUCGUCUACUUGUACCAAAAGCAGGAGGCGGCUCAGGUUAAGGGAGUGAGGUCUAGUCCCCAGCCCCCGGCUGGCCUCUGACCCUCCAUGUGG